AUGACACGUGGAAGAUAUCAACAUCUCGCACUGCCAUCGAAAGUGGCUGAAGUAAAUCGUCUUCGCUUCUUUGUUCAUAUAUUAAGGAGACCGGCAGAUCGCCUUGCACAACGAAUUCUGAGGAGUUUGUCGGGUUCGAGCCGGAAGAAGCCACCUGGCCGAAAACGAAAGUUCUGGACUGAGGUGGUGAAAGAGGACUUGAGGCAUAGGCAGUUCAGGCGAGACGUAAGGUUUCCCAAAAUGUGGAAUAGCGACGAAUGGAUUGAUUCUGUGCAAGCUCUCGCAGAAGAUCGAGAAGGUUGGGCAGAGCUGUGUUCAAGGACGAUACACCUUGGCGAAGAUGCGGCAACCGCAUCAGGCGACAAUAUCAGCCCGCCGGUUAGCGCAUUUCAGCAAAAGCAAGGAAUCCGUUAUAAACAACCGUUCUUGCACAAACAAAUUGUGCAUAGAAGCCCCAAUGCGGCCGAACUCAGCCUCGAUCAUCUUAUGCCUCCUGUUCGUUAUGACUGGUCGUGCUUUCAAAUAUGUGGCAAGCCCAACACGAAACAGCAAACUGCAGAGAUCGAUGAGCUUGGACAAUGA